AUGAUGACUCGUCGGCAAUCUCGUGCUGCCCCUACUGUACCUCCUGCACCACGCCCACAGAAGCGUGCUGCCCGGGGCACGCAAGAAUCUCACAAAGCAAGGAGGUCAAAAUCAGCUGCCCAGGCCACAGUUCCUAAUACGGACAGCCGUCCACCCGCCUCGGAACAUCCCUCACAAUUGGUCACUGUUCCAAUUGCCGGCAACGACACAGCCCCUGCCCCGGUGGACAUCGCUGCUAUAGUCUCCAAAGCCGUGCUAGGAGGACUUCAAGGAGCCGACAUACUUCCUCAAGCUCAGAAGGAGCCAGAUGGUUCGAACGCCACUCCAGCUGCUUCUGUACAGGGGUCAGUAGCGGUCGUAAUUCAGGACAUUACCGGUGAGAGACCUCCUCUUACGAACCCUUCGACUAUAAGUACCAGCCCGCUACCAAUAAAUUGCAUAGCUCAGUCUAAUGACCGGCCCCAGCUGAUUCAUCAACAAAUCGCUGUAACUCUCGCCUCCAGAGUGUCUGAUAAAAUUCAAUCAAAAAUUUGGGCAAACGAGUAUAUUGAUUUAGGAACCCUAUUACAAAUAGCAUCCCCAAACCAGUCACAGUACAAUUUUGUUGUUCAAAUGCAACACUCUUAA